AUGCCUAACUAACUUAGUGAAGAAUAACUUUCUUAAAAAAUAAUAACAAUUGAGAUUGCCAAAAGACCUUUAUAAUCAUCUUAACUAAAAGUAAAUCUACUAAAAAGUGCAUCUUAAUGGAUGAAUGAAUUUUUAGGUAAAAUUUUUCCACUUCAUUAUGCAAUAAUUGUAAAAACAGAAGAGAAGGGUUAAUAUAUAUUGCACAAUUUAUAAGAAGGAUUUACCUGUUCUACUAUUACAGAUGAAGAAAAACAUCAUUAUUAACAAUACGAAAUAUAUCAAUAAGAUUAGUUCAACAAAAUAUUUACUGUUCAAGAUAUAUAUGAUUAAUCUUCAUAGCACAAGAAGUACAAUUUAAUUAGCAAUUCUUGUAUUCAUUAUGUUAAUUUUGUCAAAAAAUAUAUUAAUGAAUUUCUUAAAGAUAUAAAUAAUUAAGCAACAGAUAGAGUUUAAAUAUAAAGCCUUCUUUAAACAGCAAAAAUUUUGAUAAAGUCAUCUUUUUAAAAUAUUGUGAAUAAUUCAAUUGAUAUGUCAUUGAUAAAUAAACUAGCAUAGGUUAAUUUAAAAGAUCCAUCAUUUUAUUUUGAUAUUAUUUCUGAAAUUAUUAGAUGUUCUAAAUAGUAAAGUAUUUGGGAAAUAUUUGGUAAUGCAGUAAUCAUUACAAUUAUAUCAAUAAUUAAUUUAAUUCCCUUAGUAAAUGGAGUUAUUGCAGCUGGUGCGAUACUAGUAGAAUUAUAUUUUAUAUGGAAUUAAAGCGAUGAAAGUAUAUAUACAAGAAGUAUAAAAUCAUUAUAUGUAAUGGGAUAAUUUGCCUUAGGAGUAACUAUAGGAUAAGUUUCACUCCAUGAUUUAUUUGACAUGUGCUAUGAACUUAUAUAAAAAUUGAAAUUAUAAAAUGGUCUAAAAAUAAAAAUUUUGUAGGUGGUUGUACUAUUAUGGGUAUGA